AUGUCGGUGGUCUCCGGGGACCAGGAGCUGCUGCCUCCGCAGACAGACGCCGGUCCUCGGACGGAGCUGCUGGUUCGGGCUCGUCAGAGGAUGGACUCACAGGGAGCCUGCAGCCGGCCAGAUGUGGACUCUCAGCCUCUGAGCCUGGAGGACUCGUGGAGGCUGCGCGUGGCCUCGGCCCGAGUCUACGCCAUCGUGAGGAGCAGAGACGUGCAGCGCUUUGAGGCGGCGAUGGGAUUCCUGGACGCUAUCUACAGACUCCUGCCGGGACUGGUGGCCGCCAUCAAACACAUGAAGAUCCUGUUUGGCCUCAAGACCCUGGUCGUCAUGUGGAUGCUGAAGCAGCGCCGAGCGAUGGUUGACACCGUGUCCAAAGUCGUCCAGUUCUUCCCCAGCAAGCUGCCUCAGUACCGAGACCGCUGUACUCAACGUGAAAUGUUCCUCAUGAGGAAGAACCACUCAGACUUUAAGAGUUUGGCACAAACGCUCGCUAUGGACCAGAACAGACUGGAGGAUUACAUUCAGAACCAGGUGGAGGAGGAGUACGGGGAGCGCUACGCCCAGAAGGUGGAAGACCGACUGCUGCUGUACCUGCAGCAGCUGGAGGCGGUUCUACCCGGAGACGCUCGCAUCGACAAGAUUCUGAAGAACCAAAGUCCUGCGACGGAGGAGAAGCUGCUGCUGCAGGCGACGACCUCCGACUGCUCCACCAUCGCAGCAGCGCUCAACCAGCUGCUGGGCUGCGAUGUUGCCUCCUGCCGUCCAGCAGCUCAGUCAUCAGAUGUUGGACAGAAAGGACUGGAACCCUCUGAAAGCCCAGAGUCUGCUCCGUGUGGAAGCUCCUCGAAGGCUCGUCUAGAGUCAGGAGGAGGCCGAACCAACGGGCCGGAGGUCGGAUCAGAAGAUGGCGCUCUGUUGCUGGAGGAUGAUGCUGGAGGACGUCCAGGGACGGACGGUGAGGUGGUGGAGGAGACCGAGAGCAGGAAGAACAUCAGCGGAGGUGUUCAGGAAGCCUUGUCCUCCCCUCAGUUCUGCUCCAGACACCAGCGCUGGGUGAAGAGCAUCCUGAGGGAAUGUCCAGACGAAAGCUCUGCAGAGCUGCAGCUUCAGGCCAACAUCUCCUCAUCUCCACUGCUGUUCCUGUCAUCCUCGUCCAACUCCUCAUCUCCAGACCUCACCCCGUCCGACCUCGUCCCCUGUCCUCCUGGUCUACUUUCACAGACGCCAGCAGACCUUAAAGAGAAUCCGAGCUCUGGAUCAACAGUGUCUGGAGCUGAGCCUCGGCCCUCGUCGUCCAGAAACCUUCUGCUGUCGCCGGUGGUUCGACUGGUGGACGUCGCCUCCUUCAGAGGGCGCUGCGCCGCGUUCAGACCCCAUCCAACAUUUCCAGAUUGCUUUAUCAUCUGCAAACAGGCAGCUUCUGCUUCCAGCCCUCAGAUACCAGCUCCUGCAGCAUCUCCUGCAUCUGAGGAUGUACCUACACCACCCAACUGUCAACCGACUGCACAUAGUGUCUCCAGACUGUCACCAACGUGCAGAGAGGCCACCACCAGGUCUUUGACAAGGAAACCGGUAGCCUCUGCUUCCAGUCCUCAGAUAGUUCUAGUAGCAGCUCAGGACGGGACGUGUUCCACUGACUAUGAACCGACUCGACCUACCUCCUCCAGACUGAAGACAACAGCAGCACUGAGAGGGAACCCUUUAGUUCAGAUGACUUGUCCAGCCUCGUCCAGUCCUCCUCCACCUGACUGGAGUUUGUCCUCAUUCAGGUCUGCCAACACUUCAUCUGCCACAUCUUCUCGACCGCUCGUCCCUCAGACUUCUCAGUUAGAAACGCUUCCACUGUGCAGCGCCAACCGCCAGCCGAGGCUAUCGCUGCCGAGCCAGGCGGUGCUGCUGCGGUCCAAGCUGCUGCAGCCGUCCGUCGGUCUCACCAGGCUGAGCGGCACCGAAUGUAACCGAGCGACCAAUGGCAGAGCCUCGAUCGGACGCAAAGAGUCCACGGAGGAGGGCAGCGGCGGGGACGAAAGGACCCAGGACGCUGAUUCUUUAUUUGACGUGAACCAUCUUUUCUCGAGCAGCGGCAGCGAGGACUCGCCGGACAGCGACCCCGACUACAGACCUCCCAUCAAGAAGACGAGACUUCUGCUGGAGUACGAGAACGCUGAGUCACUCUGA